AUGCAAUACGUUCUUGCCGUUAAAGUGCAUUACGUUUACGUAUAUCGUAUCAUUAAAAUCAAUAUUAUCUUUAAGUCUGAUACUAAACCUUUCCGAAGAGCGUCCGAAUACUUAAUAAAGGAGUCAGCUCUCUUAAAACUAGAACAACAAGCAACAAUUGAGUAUUUUACCACCGAGUGUUUUGCAAUUGCAAAUACUUUAACGACGUCACGAAUUUUACGAAGAUUACGAGAGAUCGCUACCGGCGAUCCAACACUGAUCUGUGAUUGUUUAAUCGCCUAUUACUCAAUCACAAAGAAGCUAGGAUCGAUCGAAGAGUUGGGACUUUACUUCUACUUACUCGAAGAGUGUAGAAGUGCAAUACAACAAUAUCAUCAACGCUGUAGAGCCACGCCAGCUACACACAGCAUACAAUACUACGCCUCGACGCCCGGCAAUAUGCAAUCAAUCGACCCCCGAGGCAGACAAGGAGCUUCUGGAACGUCAGCAAGAGCUCAAACAACAAGGACACCGGCACCGGCGGACCCUUUUUCGAAACCCGCGGAACCUCCCUCAAUGCUACCGAACGACUUAAGCACUCGGAAUACCCUCGAAGCCUUAGACGAAGACGCGUCGGACCUCGGUUUUGACCUCGAUUCACUACCGUAUUCGAAGCCGGAAAGUCAUACAAAGGCUAGAUUAAUUAUCGAAGACUUCUUGGACAUAAAGAGUAAAGGAUUAAGAGACUACGAGCUUUGGUCUUUAUUCCGACACGCGUUUGCUAAAUGGACCGCGGACGAGUUCUCGUUAGCAGCUAAACAAGCACACGGCCGAGGAAGCAAGCAAAAAGGCUACGCCAAUGGACUAGCCUCAAUUAUACAAAUGGAAAAGGAGCAUCAAUGGACCUGGGAGGAGCAGCGAGCUCAACAAGCAGCAAUCGAGGGGUUUGAUUCUAAGUGGAACGAUAUUACAAUCGCUCGCUUAAAUCGACAAACUGAGGAAGUCGCUAAAAUUCAAAGGAAGCAAGUCGAAAGGUUUCUUAAUCAGUCAGGUCUUAUUCGUCUUAUCAAAAUCAUCGACGAGCCUUUACUUUCGAAUUCACCUCUACCUCCAACUUUAAAUUCGCUUCGCCAAUCACUCCGAAAAGAGUACGAGGAGCUCCGACGCCAAAAAGACGCUAUUGCGCGAGACCUCGAUGAUCUACGCAAUUUGACAAUUACGAGGGACGUGCAACAGCGUAAAAAGAGAAUCGAGGAGGCUACAAGGCAUAAGGAGGAGCUCGAGGCAGCUAAGGCAGCAAAGCAAUCAUCAAGGCGCAGUUCUCGCAGUUCUCGCGAUUCACUUCCUUCUCCCGAAGUAAUCUCACUAGAAUUAAUUCGAAAGGAGAAUCCAGCUAAUUCGUUAGCUGAAUGCUUUGAAAAGCUCGAAAAGGAGCUAAGAGUAGUGCAAAAGGCUCUUCGACCAGGUCUAAGGGACGAUAAGAGUCUCGCCGACAAGCUGUAUUCAGCUUAUAAAAACGUGCUAGAGACGACUAUUGCGCGAAUGAACCCUGCUUCUACUUCUACCGCCGCAAUUGCUAAUAUUCGCUAA